CACGGCAAGUUACUUGACAAGAAGAGGAUUGCCACAGGUGGUCACCUCGCCACCGCGCUGUACCGGUUUGCUAAGCAAGAGACUGAAGCAAGGAGGGACGCGCAGCAAAGUUCUGGAUUCUCCGACGGGGAAACGCUCUCCGAUUUCAAGAUGUCAGCAAAGAAAUCAAAGUUGCGCGUAAUAACAUACAUGUGCCCUAGCCAUCCAGUUGAAUUGUAUGAACUUCUUUUACGAUAUUUGGAAGAGGAGUUGAACUGUGAAGGAUACUUAUUGUAUGAGUCACGAAAUACAGGCCCAUUACCUGAUCGAGUUGAUCCAUUUACAGACAACAUAGUGGACAUUGCAUUUAUGAGCACUUCAGCGUACAUCCAUCUCUUGGAAGAAAAAAAUCCUUCAGUUGAACUGCUUCCUAUUGCGGCUGUAAUUAAUCACCCCAAAAACACGGAUGGUACAAAAGGCUACUAUGCAGAUAUCAUUAUACAUGUGGAUGGAAAGAAACAUGUUAAGGAAUUUCUGGAUUUGCGAGGAUGUAGAUGGGCCUACAGUAAUGAUAAUUCAUUGAGUGGUUGUAAAAUUAUAUUGAGAAAUCUAAAACAAUUAGGAGAAAAUGCAUCUUUCUUUGGCAAUACAUUAAAGUCAGGUUCUCACUUAAAUUCAAUUCAGAUGGUUUUAUCAAAGCAAGCUGAAGCAGCUUCUGUGGAUGCCAAUACUCUUGCAUACAACAAAAAGAACCUACAAGAUGGUGGUAAAGAUAUUAUCGUUUUAGACAGCAUUGGACCUCUCCCACCACACCCAGUAAUUGUUAACAGCAACAUUGAUGUAAAUUUGAAAGAAAAGCUGAUAAAAGCAUUCUUGACUAUGGCAGACAAAAAAUUGUGGGGAACACAACUGAAGAAUUUUGGAAUUCAGAAAUUUGUACCCAACUCUAUUGAUACAUAUGAAGAAGAAAGAGAAAAUCAAGACUCUGUUAAAAAUUUGACUUUGGGAUUACGUUAUUAUUGAUUGUAACCUGUCAAAGAAUGCCAUUUUUAUGAAAACAAAAUAUGCCAAUGUAAUUUGAUGAAAGAAAUAUUUUUUUUCAAUUUA